AGGAGAGCGCGAAUCACCAAGCAAACUACACUGUUGAGUUGCUGUCAGCCUGCUCACACUGUAGCCUACAGUCAGUCACCUUGUGCUGCUGCAUGUGUGACUGUAUGCGAUUCCGUUGCGUGACGAUAAAGACGUUACCAACCGAACCCGCGUUUGCUGAUGUUCUGUUUUUAAACGUAUACAAUAUUACACGUAGACCGUUGUGGUAACGAUUUUUUGGAGGUACCGGUUGUAUGUGCUCCGACUGAUCAAAACACUGGGAUCCUCAAGCGACUGGCUGCCUAAUCCAUGAACAGGAUAGUACGAGACAUUAUAGAAGCCUGGUGAAAAUGGAAGUAGCUGUACCUGAGGAACCUCAGAAGAAAAUCUUCCGUGCACGGAAAACUAUGAAGAUGAGCGAUCGGCAACAACUUGAAGUUCUGCACAACACCCUGACAACCACCAAUUCCAGCUCCGCCUCUUCCUCAUCACAACCUCAGACACCGCUGGUGAAUGGCACCCACACCGAGGAGAAGGAGAAAGACUUGAAUCAUAAGGAGGCUGACUUGAUGUCACCUGCUCCGCAUUCAGCUCGCUGUUCUCCUUCUCCGUCUGUCUCUCGAUCCCCAUCCCCUCCCAACGCACAGGCUACCUCACCUUCUAUGGAUAUGGACGACCCCCUUGUGGCCACAGAAGAGAAAAAGGAGACAAGCAAUAAAAGUUCCUCCUCUUCUCUCUCUGCUUCUCCAUCUGGGUUACACUGCGAUCCAGAGGUUAAAGAAGGAUUUCUGUGCUUGAGCGAAGAGGAUGAAAUCCAAGCAGAGAAAGAUGAAAAGAAAGAAAGUAGCGAGGAGAAGAUGAAUGUAGAUGACGAGACGGAGGACAAAAAAGAUGAAAAAGGCACUUCUGAAAACGCAGGAGCAGCAGACAACAGCUCCCCUGGUGGUACAAAGAGAGCAUUGUCUGAGGAGCAAGAUGAAGAUGACAAAGAAAUCCAGGAGAGAGAUGGAAAACGAGCAAGGCUUGAGGGUGAGGAGCUGGAGGCUCAGCUGGAGCUGAAAAUCACAGGCAAUGCGGGGAACCGCCAUAAACUAGAGAAGAUGGUACAGCAGUUAGUUGAGGAACGGUUACGGGUGCUGCAGUUGACUGUAUUUGACCGGAGCAUUAAAGAGCUGAAAGAGAGAGUGGAGAAGAUCGACAAUGCAACCAAACAGCAGAAUGCUUUGCAGCAUAUUAACACACUACAGGCUAAGAUUUCACGGCUAGCCAAAAAGUUUGGUGCUGCUAAUCAGGCCUCCGAGAACUCAAAGAGAAAUCAAGAGGUUCAUGCUGCCUCUGCUGCUCAGGCCAACAAUGCAACCAACAUGACCACACCACAACGUACUGUUAAAACCACAAUGGAAACCAAACUGUCCAGUCCACCCACUGGUUCCAAUUCAACUGCAAUCCCAGCGCAGCCCAAACCUCUGUCCACACCGACUGCGCCAGCCUCCUCCGCUCUGGCCGCCUCUACACCGAUUCUUCAGAUCAUCUCCACAACCACAAGCUCUACUCCCUCGUCCACAUCUUUGCCUGGCCAGACUCAGACAGGCACCCUACUAUUAAAGACUGGGCCCGGUACAGGGGUCAUGACUAACACCCCGGUGACAUCAGGGGGUCAGUCAGUGUCUAUUCAGCCUCUUUUAAUUCAGCUGCCUUUAGCGAUGGCGAAUGGGCAAGGCGGGGCAUUGGUUAAUGCUGCCGGUGGUGUUGGUUUGAUACCAGUGUCGUCACUAUCUACGGUCAGUAGCAUCAAUAAGGCAAAGACGACUACAGCUGCUACCACCUUCAUCCUUCAAAAGCCAGCAGGCAGUGUUGUUUCGUCUUCCUCCACAUCGUCAGCUCCGGCGGUGUCUUUGGCCAGAGCCGUGUAUCCGGGUGGCACAGGGACUGUUAGUUCACCCAGCACAGGGAUAUCCGUGACGACGGCCCGAACACCCAUUCAGUGUGCUGCUGUUGUGGGGGUGUCUACAGCCGCCUCUUCUCCAGGAACCACGGGACCAGCAGCGACAGGAUCAGCGGCAGCCGCUCCGCCAUCAGCUUCCGCAUUGGCCUCAAAGACCGAUAAUCAGGCCUCAACACCAAAAACACCCACUCAGCCUGGGCGUCCCAAAGGUUCUGUGAUUGAUCUAACUGAAGACGAUGACGAUGUUCAAGUGACAGGAGUCCAGAAAGCCACUGUUUCCCCUAUCACUACCCAGCGUACAUCUGGGCCGCCUCCUUUAGUCAGCUCUACCCCUAAUGCAGGAGUUCGAUCUGCACAGCGUUCCUCUGUGGAUUCUCCAUCUCUUUCCCGCCCAAGCUCUUCUUCCUCCACGUCUCUUCCUCCUCUACCACUGGCACCAUCACCACCGGCACGUCUCCCACCCGAGGCGGCCCACACUUCACCGCCGCAGCAGCCCCAGCUCAAACUGGCCCGCGUCCAGAGCCAAAACGGGAUCGUCCUCUCCUGGUGUGUUGCGGAAACGGACCGCAACUGCGCCGCUGUAGAUACCUAUCACCUGUACGCCUAUCACCAGGACAACCAGGGGACAGUAGCGGGCACUGGGGCUUCGGCUCAGUCGCUGUGGAAGAAGAUCGGGGAGGUGAAGGCACUGCCGCUGCCCAUGGCGUGCACCUUGACCCAGUUUGUGUCGGGGUCGACAUAUUAUUUCGCCGUGAGGGCGAAAGAUGUGUACGGCCGCUUCGGUCCUUUCUGUGAACCGCAGUGCACCGACGUCAUUAAUCCAACAUCCGCUGCAUCAUCCUAAAUUAUUUCCAAACGGAUGGUACAAAAGGAUGUGGCCUGGGCCGGAGGAAUUUUGACGGGAGAUUUGUAAUUGUUACAAAAUUGUUAACUAUGCGCAGACCACUGGUUUAGUCUUGCCCUUCGUGUUAGGAAUUGUAGGGAGUUCAAAUAGGUUGUCUAAUGCAAACGGAAAAACAAAUACUCAUCAUUGCAUACAGACACAUAUACACUAUUUGUUUCAACUUUAUUUUACAAUGAGGAAGGAACUAUCAAACAUGCAUUCUGCUUGAAUUUGUAUUUUCCUUGUGCAAAAUGUUCAGAGUUAAGUAUUGUUUUCGGGAAUUCUUUUGCUCUCUCUCUCUUUUUUUUUUAAGGUGACUUUUUUUAAAUAAAACAAUAUUCAAUACAUUGCACAGAUUAUUGUUCCAAUAUAGGUCCCGGUUAUUAGCUACAGGACAGGAAAGCAGAGGUGUUAAAGGUUUUCUAAUGUUUUUUGUCUGGUACCCAGACACUCCAAAAUGACACUCAAUAAAAGUAUUGAUAUAUUUAAA